GGGAAAUGGAAAAACAAGGAGCGAGUGCUUAUUUUCUCUUCUCGUGGCAUUAAUUUCAGAACAAGGCACCUGAUGCAUGACUUAAGGACAUUGAUGCCUCACUCUAAAGCAGAUACCAAAAUGGACCGUAAGGACCAGUUGUUCGUAAUUAAUGAGGCAUGUGAAAUGAAAAACUGCAAUAAGUGCAUCUUUUUUGAAGCCAAAAAGAAACAGGAUCUCUAUAUGUGGCUUUCCAAUACACCACAGGGACCAUCAGCUAAAUUCUUAGUGCAGAACAUUCACACACUGGCUGAGUUGAAGAUGACAGGAAACUGCCUAAGGGGCUCACGGCCCCUUUUGUCUUUUGAUCCAGCCUUUGACAAGGAACCACACUAUGCCCUGCUAAAAGAAUUGUUUAUUCAGAUAUUUAGUACACCACAGUAUCACCCCAAAAGCCAGCCUUUUGUCGAUCAUGUUUUCACCUUCACCAUUACAGACGAGAGGAUCUGGUUCCGGAAUUACCAGAUAAUAGAAGAAGAUGCAUCUCUAGUAGAAAUUGGGCCUCGUUUUGUCCUGAACCUCAUAAAAAUCUUCCAAGGUAGCUUUGGAGGACCAACUCUGUAUGAAAAUCCACAUUAUCAGUCUCCGAAUAUGCAUCGGCGGCUGUUGAGAUUAUCAGUGGCAGCUAAGCUCCGAGAGAAACAGCAAGUGAAGGAAGUACAAAAGAUUAAGAAAACGGGGAGUAAGGCGCUUAUUAAAGAAGAUCCCACUGAAGUGGUCUUUGAAACCCCGGCUGAAGAAAAACCAGUUGAAAUACAGCUCGUGAAACCAGAGUCGAAGCCAAUUGUUAAAGACAAAAAGAAGCUGCGCAAAAUCCAGAGGAAGAAGCAGAAAAAGCUUUUCAGAACUGAAGUGUCAUCGUAAAUGUUACAACUGAGGA